AUCACUAUCGCCAUUAUUGAGUGUUCUCUGUUCCGUGUACACGUCAGCUUGCUUAACAUAUUUUUCAAUAUUGCUUGUUAAAUUAACUAGCUGAUAUUCAAUCGUGUAGCAUUAACUGUAAUAUUCAAUAAAAUCUUAAUUCAACUCACCAAAAUGCUGUACCUUGAAGAUUAUUUAGAAAUGAUUGAGCAUCUUCCUCAAGAAUUAAGAGACAGAUUCACAGAAAUGAGGGAAAUGGAUUUAUCAGUUCAGAAUAACAUGGACACAUUGGAAAAGCGAGUGCGCACUUUAUUUGGUGGGUGUCGACGUGGUGAGAUAAACACAGACCAAGCUAAUACAGAAUUUACUGAUAUAAAGCGAGGUUACAAUAAGACUCUUGAAGAAGCAGAUGAGAAAGUAACUUUGGCAAAUCAGAUGUACGACUUAGUAGACAGAUAUCUUCGUAGGCUAGACACAGAGCUGCACAAAUUCAAAUGUGAACUGGAAGCUGAUAAUAAGGGUGUAACAGAGCUUCUAGAAAAGCGCUCACUAGAUCUCGACACAAACACCAAUCAUACCAGCACAUCAAAUAACAACCAUUAUAAGGAUAGCAGGUAUCGUAUUCGUGCUGAGAAGCGUCGUGAUAGCUGGGCCACGCGUGACUCACGAGCUCACCAAAGCAAUGGAAGCAUUUCCAGAUCAGAAUCUGCCAUUCCGGCUGCACUGGGCAGAGAUUCAUACUCCUUGGGCCACGCUGGUAGUGCUAUCGCGGCUGCUGCAAGUCAAGCCAUAGCUGCUACACAACAGAUGCAACAAGGUCGACGCACCGCAUCGUUAAAGGCGUCAUACGAAGCAGUAGCUGGUGAACUGGCGCACCAAGCUCACCACCAUGCUCAUCAUUCUCACCACGACCACAGUCAAACCAUUCCAACAGCCCACACCCAGAGUACUAGUGCUCACUCAACCUCAACUACGUCUUCUAAUAAGCGGCAUACCAAACAAAAGAAAAGCACCUACAGCUCUUCAAGCAAUGUUUCAUCACUGCAUUCCCAACAAUCUGUCUCAGCAGCUGCUAGCCGAUCUUCCUCUCCCACCGUCGGAGCAAUGAGUACUGUUGUAAACAAUGUAGCAAUCGAAGAACCAAUGGAGGAGGAAUGGACGUACGAUCCUAACGAGCCACGCUACUGCAUCUGCAACCAAGUGUCUUAUGGGGACAUGGUUGCUUGUGACAAUCAAGACUGUCCAUACGAGUGGUUCCAUUAUCCAUGUGUUGGAAUUACCGCACCUCCGAAGGGCAAGUGGUAUUGCCCUCAGUGCCAAACUAACAUGCGUAGGAACCGCGCACAUCGCAAGAACUGACUUCAACUACAUGCUGUUGUAAAGUUGAAACCAUUUUAACUAUAAACUUUAAAUAAUAGAUGUUAAUGAUUAAUCAUGAUCACUUGCGAUCAAUAAUAAAACUUUUAAUACUCAUUAAAUUAUUUCAUAGAAAAAUG